AUGGAGCAUGAGACAAAGCCUGUCCCAAACGCUUGGAAGAUUCCCAAACCCACCUCUGCUAGAUCUGCUAGCCCUGCAUCAGCAACUAAUAAGUCUAGUGCCAACGGCGAUUCCCGUAGCGGUAAGAAUAGUCCAUCACCAGCAUCAAACUCCCCCACGGCAUCGGCAAACUCCGUGCCGUACAAUCAAAGCUGGAAAGUUGUUGGAAGUCCGCCUACUAAUGUGAUCCGAAAUGUUCCGCAAAGUUCAGAUGAAUAUCAAGUUUAUGCAAAAAAAUCAGAUGAAGACAAUCAAGAACAUAAAUUACGACGUCCAUCUAGUAAUUCGAGCACACCACAAAGAUAUUUAAAUGGUGGAGCUGAUCUAACCUCUCGAUUAGUCUCGUCUAAUUCACCACCACAAAAAAUCCAGCAGGGUAUUCCAAAUGGAAAUGGAGAUUCUGCCAACGGCGGUAAAUGGAAUGCUUUAGGGGGGCUACAAUGGACCGGUUCAUCUAUUUGGAAUGAAAAAAAUCAGCCAUCUGGCCCUGGAUCAAAACAAGUUCCUCAUACAUCUCCUACUCCUCCUCCUACUGUAAAUAAUGAAGAUGUUAAUAGCAGUUCUUCAUAUGAAAGGGAAAUAAGCUCUCCUCCAGGUAUCACUGGAAAAUUACCUGUUCCUGUUCCUCCAAAUCCACAGUAUCGUCAACAUCGAAGCCUUUCUUUUUCGGUUGGACAACAUGAUACUGAUUUGUUUAGUUGUUAUGCUCCUGCUUCAACAUCUCGUCGUGAUAGUGAGGGAGGCUUGCGUUUUGCAUAUCGACAUUCACUCCCAGUUAUGGAAGAGGAAACCGAUGAUUUUUCACAAUUUAAUAUGAAAUUCCGUACAAGAUCAAAAUCCUCCGCUGCCGCAUAUGGUGUUAUUUCUGGCCACCAUGAUCUUCCGCAUGGAGAUGAAAUGAGUGGUUAUCGACGAGACUCUGAACAGUACUCAGAAUCUGGUUCAAUUUGGAACAAUCAGAGUUCUCAGAGUGAUGGUCCUAUUCUUCAUCAUCGACGUUCUGUUCCUGGUACAUCUGAUUAUGGAACCAUGUGGGAUUUGAACACACCAAGACAACCGCCAUCUUCUUACCUAGCAGUUAUGGCUGGUUUACCUACUGAGCGUGAACGCUUAGAAAAAAUGAGGCAACGUCGCUUCUCUCUUUCACAGGCACCAACAUAUGCACAUGAAUACCAAUAUAUGGAUGGAAAUCAGGACUUACGAAUGCUAAAUCAUCGUACAACAAUUGAUCCAGCAUAUGCACAUCUUGUGCAAAGACGACAUUCAGUUGCAGGACCUGCGAUCUCUUUCUCAAACAACCAGCCGUCUCGAUAUAAUAUGAAUAAUAUAAAUGAUGCAUUGGAAUCUCUCCAUUUAAGUAAUGUACAGCAGGCAACAUAUACUCAUGAUACUGGGUAUGCUAGCAUUCCAGAAGACAUUGAUGAUUAUUUUGAUAACGACGAACAUCAUACGCGAGCGUGGAAUGAACUUGGAAAGGGUCUUCCACUUCAUGCUGUUCCUACACAUGGUCCUCUAUUUCUUGUUGAAUUUAAAGCAGGCCGUACUGACUUAUUUUACGUUGCCGAGAAUAGUGGAAACAUGGUUAAGAAAGGUGAUCUCGUUAUUGUUGAGGCGGAUCGAGGCAAAGAUUUAGGAAAAGUAACAAAUGAUUCAAUUAUGCCUCAUCAAGUUCAGUUAUUGCAACAGCAACAAGCAGAUUCCAUUAAUGAUGGUCAUCGUAUGAAUAAAGAAAUUCAUCCAAAACGUAUCUAUCGAUUAGCACAGCCUGCAGAAGUUACAAUGCUUGUUACAAAGAGCCAAGAUGAAGCAAAGGCUAUGCUAGUUUGUCAGACUAAAGUUCGUCAAAAGAAACUGCCAAUGGAAGUUGUUGAUGCCGAAUACCAAUG